AGUUUCCGAAAAACACCUUUGGCGAGUGACAUAGAAGUAUCAAUGUGACCGAAAACUCUAGUAAGUAUCUCAUUCCAUUUUCAAUUUCAAUGAAAAACAUUCAACCUGAAAAGGAUAAUGGCUAUCGCGCAUAGAAGGAUCGGUGAAUGCCACUAGAUUAGCAGCUUCUGCUGCUUUCAUAUUCGGAGUGGGAGCCCACAAGAAGUAGAACGGCAAACAGUCGUUGUUCAUUCCCGUGCGUAAGUAAGCACGAGCACGGGCGAAGACGCUGGGCGGAAGAAUAAGAAACGCGACUACUAUAGCAGGAUGGACGAGCGUUACCAGAGCCGCAGAAAAAACUACAAGAAAGGUACCACCUUCUAAAGACAACGUCGUGCUCCUCCUGUUGUGGUAAAUUUUGUUGCAUUAUGAAACCGAUGCUCAUGGUGCUACGUCAUAUAGUACGGUCGUGUUGCGUGUUGUCCUCACGCUUUUCGUGUAGUAGUCGUAGUGGUAGUUCUAAAAGACGUGAAAUAUAAUCCGAAAAGGUAUCGACAGUGAGGACUUCCGCAGACGGCGCGAAAAUGAGGAGGUCCAGAUUCGAAAGUCGGAGAAAGAGGCCCAGAUUGCUGCGAAGAGGCAGCAGCUGUCGCACUACCGGGAUGGCGGUCCACUGGCACCAGGAGACCACCAAAACCAGCCCUUCGGUAAUCUGCAACAGCUCGCGCAGCAAGCCGGCCAGCCGAACCACAAUACGAACACCUUCCAGUACGGAGGCUCAACCUCCAGCACCGCUGGCGGGGUCAUCGGCGGCGAAGACCAGAGACUGGUGCAGAUGACGGACGGCAACGACCCGAGCCGGUUUUUCCCGACCGACAACGAGAUGCAAGCCACGUCAACAGCAAGCGGUGCUCUCUCCCCCCUGGAGAUUGAAGCGCUGCAGCAGCUGCCCCAGAUCGUCGCUGCGAUAGGGGCGCCCACGGUGGUGAACGGGGUGCUCAUAAAUCUACAGGAUGGGAGCGCGACUUCUGCGGCCGAGAACAUAAUUUCCGGGCCGCCCGUGCCCGGGGGCGGAACAGCAACAACAUCAAACGCGGCAAAUGCAAAUGGUAUGGACCUCCAGGUCGUGAACGGCGGCGGCCCGGUCACGCUCGAGGAUAAGCUGCUUGCGGUGACCAAAAUCCGAAAACUGCUGUCUAUCGAACAAAACCCACCAAUACAGCGCGUCAUUGAGUCCGGGGUAGUGCCCAGCCUGAUCGCGUUGUUGCGAUCGAAGGAUCUCGGAAUUACCGGGACGCCGGGAUUUAACAAGCUCGCCUACCACUACGAGAUUGAUACGCAAAAAUUCCUACCCCCCGUUCAUAUUUGCAGCAGUGUCCCUAAGUUGAUGUCAUGACAAAAAGUAUCUGCCAAAUCUAGCCUUGUUCCUUAAGAGUCCAUUGCUUUUGCCUUUUCGUAGACCUAGACUGGUGGCUGCAUGAUAAAAAUUACAAGGGCCGCGGUCGCGGCCUGGCUAACCGCGCGAUAAUUCUAUCCGUGAUCGUGUGCGGAGGCAAGAUUCUAGUACUUUGUUAUAGUGUGGAAGGUGCAUUUCUGGCUCUGGCCUCCGUUGCAGCUGUUCAAGCAUUUACAAGAGUAAAGUACUGCGGGUUGGAGUGAAAAUUGUGAAUUCUGAUAAUCACGACGACGCGGGCGUCCAGAAAAUACCGCACGACGUGCUGGAAGAGGCCCUUACGAAAAUUUGCUUCGAGGCCGCCUGGGCGCUGACCAACAUCGCCAGCGGAACCAUAUCCUGUGCAAAAACAUCCCCACCCCGGAGUUGUCAUGCAGAUCUGCAAGCACAAGAGCAUUUGUAAUGCGCAUCCCCAUGAGAGGUAAUCCCCACCGUGUUUUGGAACUUGUAAUGCUGUGAACCGGAUAAGGAGAUGGAUUUGUUAUGCGGCUUCCCUUGCUAAACUGCAUUAAUACACUACAGCCUGCAACUUGUCAUGCGUGGCUCCCAAAACUCUAGGGUUUGUGUUGCAAAAUCCCCAUCUUGACUCUGGGGUGAGGACGUUUUUACAAAUGAUAAACCAAGGAGCAGACGCAGGUGGUGAUAGAUCACGGCGCCAUCCCCGUCUUCGUCCGACUGUUGUCCUCCUAUCAAAUGCAAAAAUGUCUGGGUCUGGAAGGAUGCAAGAUUUGUCAUGCAUAUUUCUCAUGACCCAUGAUGCCUGUAAUGCUUGGCCAAGCAUCGCAGACUUUGAGAGGGCUUCCUGAUGUACCUUCCGCAUGAGAAAUGCCGCGUCCGUGUAGCAAAAACUGUACCCCUCUUGCUGGUCAUGCAAUACAAAUUUUUUUAGAGUCCAAAAACACCAUGACAAGUUGCAAUCUUCCAGACCCAGACAUUUUUACAUUCGAUACCUCCAAGGACACCACAAUACGCGAGCAGGCGAUCUGGGCUCUGGGCAACAUCUCCGGGGAUUGCUCAACUAUCAUGGGAAAAAGUGCCCCUAGUACUAGAGACAGGGACGAUGAAGACGAAGACGUGUUUGCAUUGCACAAGAUCCCAAUCGUGCAAACAUGAUUCCCAAGCUUACCUAUUCCAGCAGCUCCAGCAAAUAACCGAAUUCCCCAUGAGCAAAAGCAAAAUUUUUCGUUGCAAAAAGGCCUAGCUAGUAGCCACGGAGCUUGUCAUAUUUAUGAGAACGGUUUUCAACGCUUCGGCUCUGGAUUUGAAACAGGACGCCUAGUCCUUUCAUGCAAGACAAAAGCUCCCUAUCUGGAAGCAUUGCAUCAGACAUAUUUCACACUUCUGGGGGUGUUGGGGCACUUUCCAUUUUGAUAUCAACGAGCAGAGAUCUAGUUCUGAACGCGGGCGCUUUGCAGCCCAUCAUGGAGCAAGUGAGGCAUAGUGGCAGGUAGGUUGAUCUUCUCUUUCACUACUUCUACAUUGCUAAAAGCACGAUUUUGCGAAGAGGUUUGCGGCACAAGCUUCUUUGUUUUCCAUGACAAGGAAAAUUUGCUAUGGGUGCUUCCCACAGGGAAACCGACCUGUAUCAACCACGGUCUGGUAAUCAUGGUAGCGAGUCAAACGCAAACGCUUCUGUGUUGCAUUUUCUGCAUCAGAUUUUUAGACACAGUGAAGCUGGAGUUUUUAUUUUUCCUUAUGUCAAAACAGUCUCGAGCUCCUGCGAAACGCCACGUGGACCAUCAGCAACUUGUGCCGCGGCCGACCGCCACCAAGAUUCGAGGAGGUCGCGCCCUGCCUCGCCAUAGUGCAGAUGCUCAUCUACCACAACGACCUCGAAGUGGUAAUAGACGCCUGCUGGGCCCUGGCCUACUUCUGCGAUGGUAUUCUGUUUUCUUGUUUUUAUAAGAAUUUGAGUAUACAACUAUGCAACUCUGCAUCUUUGUUCAGCUUGUUUUCAUCUCAGAUCCAAGAUGUGACGAUAGAAUUAGAACGAGAAACUUUCCGUAAAGAAGAUGACAUUGUGUGAAACAACAGUAAGUACAGCAAUAUGCAGGAGAGGCCGAUGCAUGCAAGAACAUCGCUUUCAUGCGAUAAAGUAUGUAAGCAAAAAAAAAACCAAAGACAAUCGAACUACAGGUGACCAGUCCGCGCGCCGCGUCGAUCACAUAAUACAAGCUGGGGUGUGCAAAAAAGCUUGCGAACUCUUGUCGCACGAGGACUACCUCGCCGUCAUACCAGCGCUCCGACUCGUCGGGAACAUCUGUGUGGGAACGGACACGCAAACCGACGUAUCAAUAUCAGACUUUUGUUUUGCUUCGACAUGAUGAAACGAAAUCUUCCGCUUUCAACAUCUUGACAAUGCUAUUGAUCGCAUGAAGAUGAAGUUGCGAGUCGUACGUUUUUCUUCCAAGCACUGCUGCCCUCCUCUGAUGAACGCCUCUCUGUCUUCACUCAAAACAGUACAUCCUGGAUUGCGACGCGUUGCCCCAGCUGAUGAAGCUGAUGCAGCACGCGAAAAAGCACUUGAGAAAAGAGGCUUGCUGGACCAUCUCGAACAUAACUGCCGGCACGCCACGGCAAAUUCAGCGCGUCAUCGACUCCGGGGCCAUGCAGGCCUUGAUAAAUCUCUGGCCGCAGGCAGAAUUUGACGUGCGAAAGGAGGUAAGGUUAUUUUUCAGUACUGCUGUUUACUAGUCGUGCUCACAAAUCAUCUUGUUCUUGACGUGCCGUCCCAGAACUACGAACUAAACUGCCUUCUAGCUCUGUCUUCUUUAUUUUCAACACAGAUUGUGAUUGGUAAAAAGUGGUAGAAUCAAUGGUGCUUCAAAAAAAUGCCCAAGUGGACCGACGAUCCACUGCAUGUUUGAUGGAAAAAAUACCCAUUGAUUUCGAACACCCGACGAACCAGAUCGUCUGGUCACUGCGGAACGGUCUUGCGUCUGGCCACCCGGAGCAUCUCGAGUACUUUCUUCAGCGCGGCGCCUUGCAGAUCAUGAUCUCGACGCUCGAUCACAAGUACGACCGCAAGAUUUUGAUUGCUGCGGUGGAGGGCAUCAAUUUCGUCUUGGAGCGGGGCGUGUCCCUCACGAGUGGCGACGCCACGCAGUUUGUGCACGUGAUCCAGGAGGCUGACGGGGUGGAAAAGUUGCGCGCGGUGCUCGACGCGGCCAUGAAUACCGAAGUCGGGAACAUGGUGGAGCAGAUCCUCACCCGGUAUUUCCCCGAAGACGGCGAUGAAGACGAUAUCGUCUUCAACACUGGAGCAGGAGGUGACAAUAGCACCGCCGCGACUGCACAAAAUCACAGCUUGUUUGGCGGCGGCCCUCAAAUAGGAAACACAACUGCACCUGGAACCUCGUCUCUGACGAACAACCAGGCGCAGGCUUCCUCGUCUUUCGGCGCCGGGGCAAGUAUCCCCGCCGGCGGCUUCCAGUUUGGUAGCUAGCGAGGCCCCGUGCUGGUCUUCUGCAACAAGACGCGGCUGUUGAAAUGAAGACGGGCUUUGCGGCCUCGCGUUUCGUGGGUCCUCGAUAGUCAGAAAUGAAAAUCAAAAAAUGAACUGGCGAGCGACGUCGUGAUUACGAAAGCGACAUCUGGCAAAUAAGUCCUACAAGCAUCAAUCAACUGCGACUCCUGCGACAACAUAAUUGCGAAAUACGACAAAAGAAAAGCAAACAACGAC